CGAUGUACAGUGAUGGUGACGUUUUCUCCAGUGACACACUGCAAUUACAGGUUUACUAUCGCCCAGUUAUCAGGAUAACACGGAGUGACAAUCAGGGUCAGCCUCUGUCCACCUACACUGAGGUCAUCAAGGGUCACAAUGUGACGUUUGUGUGUGACGCUGACAGCAACCCGCCUCCUGCUUCCAUCACGUGGUCAGGGAAAGUAAACAGCACUACUGGGGAGCUACACAUCAUAGCAGCACAGCAGACGACACACGACGGUAUCUACACCUGUACCGUGGUCACUGAAACAGCUGAUGAUGAUGAACGUCUUCCUCUGAGGGCAUCUUCUCAAAUUACACUUAUCGUUAAAGUCUUUUUUCAGGGGCCAUCUUUUCUUGAAUCACAAGAAACCAAACAACUAACACAGUCGUACCACAUCCACCGCACGACACAGUUCAGCAGCUUUCCACAGAAGAAGAAAUAAGAGCCGUGUGACAAGAGAUACACAUUCAGAGAGGAAACAGUCGGCGGGAGGGUGUCUGGAAGAAAUACCAGCUGGAGGUGUGAUGAACAUGUAUCAUGAAGAGAAAACUGACCAUCAAGGAAAGAAGACCCGAAAUGCAGACAAAGUUGAUUCUUACCCCAUCUAUGUCAACACUGCUGAACUUGCCGAGGAAAAAGAUCACAUCUACAGCAAUGUUGGAGAGAGUGGACGUGGACGGCAAAGGCGUGAAUAACAUCAGAACUGUUUAGUGUAAACAAUCUGUGGAUAACCCGUAAGAUUUGUGAAAACCUCAAAAGAAAUAAAGCAUGUACUAAACAAUGAAAUGAUAUCAAAUUUUGCUUGUCAUGUGUCAAGACACUAUAAUUGAUAAAUUAGAUGGAUAAAUCAAAAUAAAAAAGCAGAAACCCAUAGAAAAUAAGUUUUCUUUUAAGUGUCAUGUUAAGCACUGAAAAUACUGGCUAAAUCGAUUUAACAUCAGUAGUGAUCGUUUGUAACAAUAGUUCUACUUGUAAUUGAAAAAAAAAUAUUUUAGUUCUCGUAGUUUUAGAAUGUUUGAAAUCUUUUUGAUCCACUAUGUUUACUAAAAAUUAUCAUGUAGUUAACGU